CAACCACCAGGAGCAUUCCGGUUACUCCAGAGAGAGAGACCCAAUCGCUUCUUUACUCGCUAUAAAUAGCCUUAAGAUGCAGCGAACUGUUUUCUAUAAUUUUAUGUAACCACAAAAAGGAAGGAAAAGCUCAGACAAACCAAGCAAUUCAAGGUAUUGUCAAACAAAAACCCAAGAUUCUUACGGCAUUAGCCGCACAAAGCCUCCAACAUAGCAACUAUAAAGCAGCAGCACCGGCAGCUUCAGCUUUGACUUUUAGCCAUGGCUGAUGAGUUCAAUACUACCACAAACUGGUGGGAUUCUUCUAGGAACAGGUUUGAUAGCGGCUCUUCUUCUUCAUCUUCAGGGCUUAAUAGUUUAGGCAGCUUUGCUUGGCCAUCGGAAGUGGUGAAUGUCAAAGGAAGACCUUCUAUUGAGUCUGCUUCUGUCUCAGGUAGUUCUGCAGUUUUUCAUGAUACCCAGAAGCUGCAACAAGGCCAAGAUUCUAGUGCUGACUUGCAUAUGAUGGGUUUAGGACUCUCUUCCCAGGCCAUGGAUUGGAACCCAGCUUUACUUCGCAGUGAUAAGGCUGAAAGCGGCAUCCGUUCGAUGCUGCAAGAGAACUUGAAUUCGAGCGCGAGUUAUCAGCAUGCAACUGGGAUUGGAUCAUCUCAAGUUCAGUGGAGAGAGAGAAUGUUUAGUGGGGUUAGUAGUCAUUCUUCGAUGAACGAGUUUAAGCAAAUGAACCGGGGUGUUUUAGAUCAACCGCAGUUUAGUCCUCAUGGGAGCUCUAGUGAUAGCACUGUGACAUGUCAAGGCUUGCAAUCAUCUAGUUUCCAAAUGGAUUCAACAGCUAUCUAUGGAAGCCCUUCAACGAUGUUGCAAGGCCUGCUUGGAUCUGAUAAUCAACCACAACAACAGUGUUCCUUCGAGAACCGAUCCAUGAGCUAUCCAUAUGGGGCAAAUUACGGAAUUACUACUAAUGAAUUGGUGCCUUCUUGGUCUACUAAGGUGCCACCGUUCUUGAGAAAUUCACCCCCUAAACAGCUUAGCCAAUUGCACUUCUCCAAUAACGCCCCCUUCUGGAAUGCAUCUGCAAGUUCCAUGAAUGACGUUCGUCCAAGCUUUUUCCCAUCGUUGCAACCGCAAUUUCCGGCAUCAAAUUUCGAAGAAAAACCUAAGCAGAAUAUAUCUGAAGUACGUGAUUCGAGUACAACAGUGAAGAAAAGUGGGAGUGAACAAGCAACAAAAAGGCCUCGAAAUGAAACACCAUCGCCCAUGCCAGCCUUUAAGGUGAGGAAAGAGAAGAUGGGGGACAGAAUCACUGCACUCCAACAAUUGGUUUCGCCUUUCGGAAAGACUGAUACAGCCUCAGUGCUUUCUGAAGCUAUUGAAUACAUCAAAUUCCUCCAUGAGCAAGUCACUGUCCUAAGCACCCCAUACUUGAAAAGUGGAGCUCCCAUACACCACCAGCAGAGUUCUGACAAGUCCAACAAGGACUCAGAAGGACAAAAACAAGAUCUUAGGAGCCGAGGACUGUGUCUGGUACCGGUUUCGAGCACAUUUCCGGUGACUCAUGAGACAACAGUUGAUUUUUGGACUCCUACAUUCGGAGGAACUUUCAGAUAGAAAGAAAGGUAAAUGGGUGAAAUUGCGGAACAGAUUCUACACAAGUAGCAGCAGCAGGUGUACCUGAUCUUAUCGAAAAACCUAGCCAAGUUGGGAAUGAUAAGAUCAUCAGCAAUGAUAAAAGAAGAGGAAAAACACACAAACACAGAGAUAUACUGUCAAAGUCCAGGAAUUGAAGGAAAUAUGUAGAGAGAAAUUGUGAAAGAGAAAGAAAAGGAAAUGACCCUUACAAAGGUACAUGCCCAGUGUUUGGCCAGCUAGAGGCAAAUUGAUGUAGGUUGGCCAAUAUAGGGACCAUUUGGAAGCAAAUUAAUUGUUGUAAUAAUUGAAGAAUUAUAUAUAUGUUUAGGAAUGAGAAUAUAUAUAAAGAUUAAUAUAGAUGCUAAUUAAUUUUAGGGAAUUAUAUUAAAGCAUGUUAAUGUAGGUUUCUUUAAUUAAUUUAAUAGACAAACAUUUAAUUUUAUUUGUUAAUUGAUUAGAACUGUUAUCAUUUAGCU